GCAUCGUCGCUGGCGAUUGCUAUGUCAUGCGCUUUCGCUUCAUUUUGGAUUAUUGAACGGCUGGUAACGGAUUACCGGUUGAGCAAAGUUGACGGAGUUCGAGCCUCUAUCCUUGGUGGCAACCCAAUCACUUCAUUCUUCUUCUUCUUCAAGGGCGCCUACAUGCACUCACAAAACCGACUCUUGGAAUAUUAUUUCAGCAUGUUCGAUAGCGCUGACCCUUCCUGCCCCAGUGCCGUCGAAAUAACUAUCAUGGGCCGCCGAUCCAUAGUGACCAUUGACCCAGAACAUAUUAAGGCGGUUCUCGCCACGAAUUUUACGCACUUCGGUAAGGGUGAACGCUUCCACUCGACUUGGGAGCCAUUUCUUGGUGAUAGCAUCUUCACUACAGAUGGACAGCUGUGGCAACAGAGUAGGACCUUGAUCCGACCAAUGUUUCUGAAACAAAAGAUUCGAGACAUGGACAUUGUCGAAAGAUGGAGCGAUGUGAUGAUUUCGAAAAUACCUGCCUCGGGACAGACAGUUGAUAUCAGCGACUUGUUUUAUCGCAUGACGCUUGAUGCUACGACUGACUAUCUGUUGGGCCACAGCGUCGAAAGUCUUGAGAACCCUAAAGGUGAAUUCUCAAAAGCUUUCACAUACGUCCAACGGAAACAGAUGCUUCUCACACUCCUCGCGCCUGUGCGUAGCUUCAUACCCAAAGGCGAAUAUAAGAGGGGCAUUAAGGUCCUCGAAGCCUUCAUUCAGCCUUUUAUCGAAGCAACUUUGGCUCUUGUUCCCGAAGAACUGGAAAAGAUAUCCAAGUCAGACAAAGAAUUCACGUUUCUGCAUCAAAUUGCCCUCUUUUCGCGAGACCCCAAAGUCAUCCGGGAUCAGAUCAUGGCGGUUCUGCUGGCGGGAAGAGACACCACUGCAGCGACUCUAUCGUGGGCACUUUACGAGCUAUCUAACUAUCCUGAGACUUGGUACAAGCUGCGGAGUCAUGUUUUGCAGAAAGUCGGGCCAGACGCAGUGCCAACAUACGAAGACAUCAAGGACUUGACGUACCUUACUCAUACACUCUACGAGACGAUGAGACUGUAUCCCGCAGUUCCGUUUAACAUCAGAACAUGCCUUGAGAACUCAACACUGCCAGGCCAACCAGGUCAACCCGACAUUGCCACGCUUAAAGGCGAUCACAUCAUCUAUAGUACUCUGGCUAUGCAGCGUCAUAAGGAGCUUUACCCUCCAGUAUCCGAGACAUUCGCCGAUCCAGCAAUCUUUAGUCCUGAGCGAUGGGACCAUUGGACGCCCAAGCCGUGGCAGUUUGUGCCUUUUAACGGCGGGCCUCGAAUCUGCAUUGGACAGAAUUUUGCCAUGACGGAGAUGGCAUUUAUGAUGAUCCGUCUACUGCAAAAAUACGAGAGGAUUGAAUACAGAGGAGAUUGGGCGGCGCAGUAUCUCAAGGCAGAUAUCGUGGGGUGCCCUGGGCAAGGAGUGCCGAUUGCGCUGUACGAGGCAGAAAAGCGGUAUUGAACGAAGGAAAGCCUGGAAUCAAGAGCAGCAGUCCAGGGUACCAAACACGAAUAGGAGAUUGUUUUGGCGCUGUUCACAAGGGGGUGAAGGAUAGCGCAUGUGUACCUGGAUAAAGGGGGUCGAAACAUGAUGGCUACAUGAGACGAGCUGUUUAUGUAUGCCGAUUUAUAAUGAUGAUAAUCCAUCUGAAGCCCAAUGUCCAAUUAAUCCUCUUCACAUCAAUGCUUAG